AUGGCCGCUGAAUGGGAUAUCAACGAUGCUCACAUUCCGUUCAUGCAGGAGCUGCCGUACGAUAAGUUCAACGAGUGGGCCGAUGGCCACGUGCGCUUCAUCUACCACCCAACCGAGGAUCACGCCCGAAAGCACAUCUCGGGAUGGGCAAUGCGUAACACCAACAACCACAACGUCAGCAUACUGAAGAAGAGCUGCCUCGGUGUGUUGGUCUGUUCGGUCCGCUGCAAACUCCCGAACGGUAGCCAAAUCCAUCUACGACCAGCAAUCUGUGAUAAGGCACGGCGAAAACAACAAGGUCGCGCCUGUCCUAACCGCAACUGUAAAAGUGGCCGGCUGGAGGUGCUGGCAUGCCGCGGACACUGUGGCUACCCAGUGACACACUACUGGCGGCACACGGAACGAGCGAUCUUCUUCCAAGCGAAAGGAAGCCACGAUCAUCCGAAACCGGAAUCGAAAACGUCCAGCGAAACACGAAAAAUCAUUGGCAGUAGUGGGAAGGCGAAGGGCAAGAAGCUAUCCGUACUGCUGCUCCGCGAUGCAGCAUUAGGCAAUAAGCUAAUGUCUUUAAAAGCGACAUCGAAGGCGCAACUCUCGACGGGAUCAGAGAUACUACAACCACCUCCACUGAUACCUGAUCCAAACUAUGCAGAAACACCCAGAUGCUCCAACUGUACACGAACGCCCUGCGUUUGUAGGACAAAGCAUUGCGGCAUGGUCGCCAGUUCAUCCCAGACGAAAGCCAGUGAGCCGGCCAUUCCCUUCCUCGACCCAAUUGGCCACCAGCCAGCACACACUCAUCAGCAUCUGCAUCAUUCGAGCUCGCCGUGGUCUACUUACGAGCCAUCGGUCUUUUCCCACACCAACAAUGGCUACGAAACGGAAGGACUCGGUCACUGUACAGCAGCUACUGGCACAGGUGCUCCCACGAUCCGCUCCAGUCUUAUAAACGAAUGCUUCCAUCCUGAGGAGAUCUUCCAGUUGGAUCAACCACUACGCCAACAGGGUCAUACAACGGCGGUGACCACAAUUCCUCCUGUGAGCCAGUUGCCUCCAGCUGCUACUCCAACCACUCUACUCGAUCUCGGCAGUGGAGCGAUCUACAAAAAGUGCAACCAAAUCAGUCCCGACUACAUCUUCAGCUCUGCAAAUGGUAGUUUGGGCGGCGAUAGCUAUACGCACCAAUCGUGCUCGUACGGUGCAAGCGUUAACACAAGUUGUAGUGCGACGCCGUCAGAUCUAACCGGCACUAGCAAGUACUUUGACAACGGUGAUUCGUACGGUCUAACGGGAGAAGAAGUGGCCUCGAAGGAACUGCUUAGAUAUAUCAAAAAAGAGGCUACCACUAUGAAGCAAACCAUCGUCAACGAACCACCGCUGGGUGGUCAAAUGCGACCCAAAUCCUAUGACUGUGAUCAAAGUCAGUACAAAAAGGCGGGCGGCUAUGGAGCGAGAAGCACCUCGUCCAACGCACCAUUCUUCACACAAGGUAUCAGCAACAAUAACAGUAAUGGCGUUAUCAACAACAAUUCCAUCGAUGCCACCGAGCAGCAGCAGCAGCAGCAACAACAGCAACACUCCCAGGAUCAGAGUCUCCCAAAUGGCAGUGCCAAUUACUGCUAUCAAUCGAGUACGGCUACGGUUGCAACGCCCAGCACCACGGCCAACCAAAUGAUCGGUACUUAUGAGCAAUCGUACGCAGCGGGUGUAUACAGUGCCUCCACGAUGCCCUCGUUAGGCUACUCACCGAGAGCGUCAAGUCAACCAACCGAGGUCCAUUACGCCUCCCAGACGUACGAUGCUGGUGAUAAUUAUCGGUACAGUGGAAGCUACAUUAAAGGUAGUCCAUCGAUGCACGCUACCGGAUCGUUCCACAGCUCCGUAUCCGUACAGCAAAUGCAUCCUGAGCUACCACCAAUGGCUGCCUAUGAGUUCUACUAA